AUGGUUCUGUUGAAGAAAAAAGCAGCUGCUGGCAAAGAAAAUACCAAAAAAGUAGUUGAAGAAGAGGUUGUAGAAGAUGUUGAAAUGAACGAGAGCACUGAUGAAGAAGACGAAAGUGCUUUUGAAAUUAGUGAUCAUGAGGAUGAGCAAAAAGAAUCACAGUCUGCAGGUUCUGAGAGUGAAGAGGAAGAUGACAACCCAGAUUAUGAUAGAGAGCUUCAAAUAGCUUUGAAAGACGGUCUCCUAAAAUCCGAUAGACUAAAUUAUCUUGUGCCCAAGAAAUUGGAAUUCAUUAAUAAGAAGAAUGAGAUCGUUGACAAAAUUAAUAGCUUUGCCAAGAAACUACCAUGGAUAGAGACGUUGGAUAUUACCACGAAAAACACACUCACAAAGGAUAUGAUCAAUAAUGACUUCGAAAGAGAAUUACAAUUCUAUAAACAAGCUGAAAAGGCUGUACAAAUAGCAGUUCCUCGUCUCCUCAACUCUCAUAUCAAAGUUAUGAGACCAGAAGAUUAUUAUGCUGAGAUGUCAAAAACAGAUGGACAUAUGCAGAGAGUUCGUAAGCGUCUGCUGAAGAUCCAAGAAGGAAAGGAAAGACAGGAGUCUAUUCGUCGUAUGCGUGAGGAGAAGAAGUACGCUUCCAAGGUUCAAAAGAAGGCAAUUGAAAAUAAGAAUGCCGAAAAGAAGAGAUUGACCGAGGCUGUUAAGAAACACAAAAAGGGCAUGAAGGGUCAACUAGAGGAUAUGCUGAAUAACGUCAAACGUUUCGGAUUAGACGAUAGUGAAGGUUUUGAACGUCCUAGCUCAAGGGGCAAAGUGGGUGGAGGACAAGCUGGCAAAUUUUCUGGCAGACCUAGCAACCGUGAUUCAAAUAAAUCCAGAGAAGAAUUCAAGUCUCAACGUUUCGGUUUUGGUGGAAAGAAGAAGGGAUCCAAGAGAAACACAAAAGAGAGUUUCGAAGAUUAUGAUGGUAAAAGUUUUGGCAAAUCAAGUUUCGGAGGUAGUGGUUUUGGUCGAGGAGGAGGAGGCGGCAGAGGCCGAGGUGGAAGAGGAGGAAGAGGAGGAGGAAGAGGUGGUGGAAGAGGUCGAGGAGGAAGACGUUAA